UCUGGCGGUUGCCAUGGAGAUUAUGAUGCUAUCAGAAUCGUGCCAAGAGACAGCAUAUCAAUCAUUUUUUACGGUAAGUAUAUAUCCAAUGUUUCCUACAAAGUUGUCGCUCCUUUCUCUUUUGGGAACAGGGUCUAUACCAAAAAAGUAAAAUCCCUCAACACACACAGAGCGGCGUCGUCCUGGGGGUCACACACUCUCUCUUUGCACAUAAAGACAAGCCAAGUAAUGAGCAUCCAUGGCAAGCUCGAUGUGAUUCAAUCCUUGGACUCUCUACUCUAUUGUCAUUUUGUAUAUACCUAUUUCCUCGAUGCCAGUCUCCUUGUCCUGAUUUUCCGCAUAUUCCUCCAACUGCCUUUAUUAUCACCACGAGCACAUUCACGGACAUUACGUACGGCAACAGGUGUAGCAACAGCUGAACUGGGCAUUUGCAUUCUUAUUCAUGCAACAACGGAGCCAGGCCAGCCCGGUAUUCUUAUCGACUUUGUCGGCAAUCAAUACCAUUCAAGUUCUUUACGAGUGAUUAUGCUGGAUAUGAUCAUUUACAUAUUACAAGUAAUACGUAUCUUUAUAACAUCCAGUCUAUCAUCCCAACUACCCGAGAACGGCACUGUCACCACCUUACCCGUCCCAGCACCCCUGGUGUCUGCACUCGGUGCUGAAAGCCUGACACUCAUGUUACCAUCUACCAUACCUAACGACGACGAAGAGGAUCCAUUUUACCGAAACGAUCUUGUUGUGGAUGUUGGAUUACGGACGUCUCUCGACAGCGUAUUACGAUCGUCACCACGAGAAGAUGCAGUAGACCGAUUACCAGUAUAGCAACAACAACAACAACACAAAAAAUACGCAUAUAAACACAUACAUAUACGAAUA